AGCCUUGUAAAGCUUGCUGAGGCUGGAUUUGGAAAUAUUCAAGAAGACGACGUGUGACGAGUGAGCCGGCGCAUAAUAAGAACUGCGUCGAAUUAUCGAAAUUUGGAAUUGGGAUUAUUCGCUUCCCGGUAGACUCGAGUAUAGGGACGCCAUCAUGUCGCAGGCCGUGAAGAGGGCUUGCGAUGCAUGCCAUCGACGAAAGGUUAAGUGCGAUGGCAUUAACCCGUGCCGUAACUGCGCCUCGGCGCAAUUGACCUGCACGUACAAUGCGAUUCCACAGAAGAAGGGGCCUAAAGGUUCGAGAGCGAAGGUCAUCAGCGAGUUACGCGAAACCCAGCGACAAACCAGUCUCUCAGCAAAGGUGCAGAGCCGGUUGAAUGGACUCUCCAGUUCUCAGUGCAGCCCUACGUUACAACCCACUCCUGGCUUACUAGCCAGCGAGAUGGCGAAGGAAUGCAUCGAAUUCUUCUUCGCCAACAUGUAUCCGAUUAUGCCGAUUCUUCAUCGACAGCGGCUCGAACAGCAGGCGAUGUAUCUUGAUCAGAGCCUUGACACCUAUUGCCUGGUCACUUCGCUUUGCGCGUGGAUGAUGUUUCAGCCUGGAAUGAACGUACCUGGUGCUGACCCUCUCCUCGAACAUUUGCCUGGAGCCAACAUCGCUUCGGGUAUGGUGCUUAUUGAAGAGACGAUCAGAGUUCGAAAAGGGUGCGAGUACCUGGAAUCGCCAACUCUGAACGUCCUUUGCACGAGCUACUUCCUCUUCUGCUCUCACUACGCCCUUGAUAUGCACGACAAGGCCUGGUAUUAUCUUCGGGAGGCCACAACAUUGGCCCAUAUGAUUGGGAUGAACAAGGAAGAGACUUACCUGCAAUAUGAUAAUAUUGAGGCUUCGCGACGAAGACGCCUUUAUUGGCUUUUGUUUGUGACGGAAAGGGCCUAUGCUCUGCAGCGUGGACGACCGUUGACGCUUCAGGCUUCUAUCAACCUUCCGACGAUGACUGAUGAUCCGUCGGACCCUUUGGCGCCCCAGUUAAACGGCUACGUUUUACUUGUAAACCUUUUUAGGCCAUUCGACGAUGUAUUCCUUACUUUAUGGAACAAGACUCGUGCAGAGUCGUCUCCCUCUUACCUUAGUGCUCUGCAGAAGCAAUUUUCGGACAUGAUCCCGCCGUACAUGAACGUUCAGGACGCCGACCAGCGAGCGAAUCAGCAAUGGCUCAAGACUAUUACCUGGCAUCUCAGCAUGCAAAACGGCUGCGUUCCCCAGGGCAGCCAGGAACAGAUGCCAAUGCAGUACCCCAUCGACAUGUCUCGAGAUUUAAUGUCUAUGACAUCGCAGUUCUCGACUCACAGCACCGAGUUGAUCGGAUUACCUAUGGUUGCUAAGUUGUUGGAUAUCUCAUCUGCUCUUGUUGAUGUUUUGUCUAUUAUGCCUUCAUCUGGCGAUCCGUUCAGCAUGGGCCCUCGUGAGCAGCUCAACUCACUUCUGCAGCUUCUGUCGGUCCUUCGCAACGGAGACCACCAUUUUCUACCGCUACUCCUGAACAAGGUCCACGACAUCUUGCCUCGCCUGGCUAACCCAAUACUACAGCGUGCACCAGAAAACACCUGCCUGCAGAACAUUGACAUCUUCGAUGGAUUUGGCAACGCCGGCAUGGCCCAGCCUCCGAUGAUGACAGAUUUCAAGACCGAACCGUACACGCCAGGUAGCAUGCAGCAUAUCCAGGAUAUUGGAACGGACUCAGGUCACUCGAACAGCGGCGACGAUAUGAAGUCUCCAUUCCCUAUGGUUAGUUCACCACCGAUCAUGUCGCCCGGAAAUGCGGAAUACCACGGAUCCGAUUUCAAUUCGAUGCCUGACAUAAUGAGUCCGAUGGGACAGCCGCCGCAACACGCGCUCAGCCAACAAGGCCCACUGAACCCACAACCACCCCAUCACCAGCAUCCGCACCAGCACCACAAUCUGGCGUCACACGGCAUGAACCAGAACCACAGCGUGGGUAACCCCAUGCAGCCCGAUAUGCACGCGAAUCUUGGUCACCCCCUGAAUCAACCCACGAACAUUCCUAAUAUGGGUCAACAACAAAACAUGGCCCAGAAUCCACAAUUUGGCAUGAUGAAUAACAUGUUGCACCGACAACCCCCACAGAGACAGAACAGCUUUAUCAUGCAUCAGCAACAUCAACACCAACCAUCUCAGAUACCGAGGACCGUCGGCGAUUUCCACGCACUCCAACGGGCGAAUUCCGAAAACGUAUCGAUCAACUCUCUCGGUCUCAGUCACAUGAACGCCGAGGUAGACUUUAGCGGAUUAAGGUAGUAACGCCGGGACGGCGCUCAUAUACGAGGGCCCGCCUCAGCAUCCUGGCUCGCGAUCCUCCACUCCUUCAGUCAAAACGACCACGACGGGCAACCGUAACGCAACUUAUUUACUAUACAUCAUUGACGUUUAUUCGCACGAAUGCCUAGCAUUUAUCCACUUGCA